UUUUUUAUAGAUCCAAAACAAGUGCAAAAAUUCUUGUGUCUCUGCUUCUUCUAUCCCCCUCUCACUCUGUUUGGAUACCAAGAAAAGCUCUCUCAAAAUUCUCUCUCCCAGCAAUCAUAACACCACAACUAAGACACAUUCUGAGAAACUCAAUUCGAAUUUCUCCCCAUUUUUCCCAGAGGAAACUUGGGUGGCUCCAAAUUUUCUGAAACGUUGAACGUGGAUUGGAUUUGGUUCCCUCCUUUUUCCUCGCCUUCUUCAACAACUGGUUCUCAUCUUUAUUCUAUUCUCAGAAUAUCCAAGGCCCAACAGGGUAACUGUCAAUCCACUAUCAACGGCAUUUGUUCAGUCUUUGAAAGAGAAACGAAACGUAGGCCUUCUGUUUUGGCCUUUAUUCUCCAACAAAAGGGACUUGGAAACCAAGGGAUGUCAAGCCUGAGAUUUAGGGGUUUGCUCCCUCGGUCUUAGGUUAAUCUAAUAGUCCUUUUCAAUGGCUCAUCGCACGGAUGAGGAGUUGGAAACGAAAGAGAUGGACAUAAAAAGCUUUUCGUCCUCACAACGACAGGCGACAAGUUUGCCUUACAUUCACAAGGUGGGAGUUCCCCCAAAGCAAAACCUUUUCAAGGAGUUCACAAUGGCUGCGAAAGAGACAUUCUUGUCAGACGAUCCUCUGCGUCACUUCAAGGGUCAAUCUGGGCCACGAAAAUUCAUCCUUGGCUUGCAAGCUAUCUUCCCCAUUCUUGAAUGGGCGCAAAGUUACAACUUGACGAAAUUUAGAGGUGAUCUUAUCGCCGGAUUAACCAUUGCAAGUCUCUGCAUACCUCAGGAUAUUGGCUAUGCAAAGCUUGCAAAUUUGCAACCCCAAUAUGGGUUAUACUCCAGCUUUGUUCCGCCACUAAUAUAUGCCUUUAUGGGUAGUUCGCGGGAUAUAGCUAUAGGACCGGUGGCAGUGGUCUCUCUCCUGCUGGGUACUUUGCUUCAGAAUGAGAUUGAUCCUACUAAAAAUGCAGCCGAAUAUCUACGGCUUGCUUUUACAGCUACCUUUUUUGCUGGGAUCACCCAAGUAACCCUCGGAUUUCUCAGAUUGGGUUUCUUGAUUGAUUUUCUUUCCCAUGCUGCUGUGGUCGGUUUUAUGGCCGGAGCUGCCAUUACAAUUGCUCUGCAACAACUUAAAGGUUUUCUUGGCAUCGCAACCUUCACAAAGAAAACUGAUAUUGUUUCUGUAAUGCACUCAGUUUUCGGUUCAGCUCAUCAUGGAUGGAACUGGCAGACUAUAGUCAUUGGAGCAUCAUUUUUGUGUUUCCUUCUAUUUGCCAAGUACAUUGGGAAGAAAAACAGGAAGCUUUUCUGGGUACCUGCGAUAGCUCCUCUUAUCUCCGUUGUCUUGUCCACCUUUUUUGUGUAUAUAACUCGCGCAGAUAAGCAAGGUGUUCAAAUUGUGAAGCAUAUAGAAAAAGGAAUCAAUCCUGUGUCAUUGAAUCAAAUAUAUUUCACUGGUGAAAAUCUCCUGAAAGGUUUUAGGAUCGGUGUUGUGGCUGGUAUGAUAGCUUUGACGGAAGCUGUAGCAAUUGGAAGAACAUUUGCUUCUAUGAAGGACUACCAACUGGAUGGAAACAAAGAAAUGGUUGCACUAGGGACAAUGAAUGUUGUUGGUUCAAUGACCUCGUGCUAUGUUGCGACAGGUUCCUUCUCCCGCUCGGCUGUAAACUACAUGUCUGGCUGCCAAACUGCAGUUUCCAACAUCAUAAUGUCUUGUGUUGUCUUCCUCACCUUGGAAUUCCUAACACCCCUUUUUAAGUACACCCCAAACGCCAUCCUUUCUGCCAUCAUCAUAUCCGCAGUCCUAGGCCUAAUCGACUUCGAGGCAGUAGUCUUGAUAUGGAAGAUCGAUAAGUUUGACUUCAUUGCUUGCAUGGGAGCCUUUUUUGGCGUCAUUUUUGCUUCCGUAGAGAUGGGCCUCUUGAUCGCAGUAUCGAUAUCUUUCGCUAAAAUCUUACUACAAGUCACAAGGCCAAGAACGGCGAUGCUUGGGAGAAUCCCCAGGACUAAUGUUUACAGGAACAUACAGCAGUAUCCCGAAGCAACUAAGGUUCCCGGUGUUUUGAUUGUGAGAGUUGAUUCUGCAAUCUACUUUUCGAACUCCAACUAUAUCAAGGAAAGGAUAUUGAGAUGGUUGACCGAUGAAGAAGAGUUACUGAAAGCAGCAUAUCUUCCAAAAAUCCAAUUUUUGAUUGUUGAAAUGUCGCCUGUUACCGACAUCGACACCAGUGGCAUCCAUGCCUUGGAAGAGUUACUUACGAGUCUCCAGAAGAGACAUGUUCAGCUUGUCCUAGCGAACCCGGGGCGAACAGUGAUCGACAAGCUAUUUGCAUCCGAUUUUGCAAAUUCGAUUGGCGAAAACAAGAUCUUCCUCACGGUAGCAGAUGCUGUCAUAACCUGUGCACCGAAAUCAGUAGAAGAGGUUUGAGCAUCUAAAAUGCAAAGGCCAAAUGGGAAACAUGGUGAGGAAAAAAACCAACAACGACGACUGAGAUGUACAGAUAUAUACUCCUAUAUAACAGUUUUCCAAAAAGAAGAGGAUCCAGUUGAGUAGUGGCUAGUGGGUAAAGGGAUCCUAAUUUCUCAAGAAAAAAAGGGACUUCACUAAUGCGUAGUCCUGAGGUUUUUUUCCCCCAUUUUCCUCUCUAGUUGUCACUUCAUGUAUUUUUCCAGUUCUCUGAGCCAUGAGGCUAUGAGAGAUAAGAUCAUAGCUAUGUAAAGCAUGAGGUUCUUUGUGCUUCAUUUCCUGUUAUGUGAUUCAUUCAAAAAAAAUCAGAAAAAAUCAGAGUUUGCAACUGGAAUUUCUGCAACUGCUUCCUGUCAAGGUACUCUUUUACUGUCUCGGGGACUUGAGCGGCAUAUGAUUGACGUGGGAGUUGCAUGCCAACCUAGUUGGGAUGCUUCUUCCCGUUGUGAUGCCUUUUGCUUGUAUUCUCUUUUAGCAUUGAAACCUUUACUUUGAUUAAUAAAAUCCCUUUUUCACAGUUCAA